AUGCCAAAAGCAACGAUUAGAUCCGAGGCUGCUGCACGCGGUACUUCUGCACAAACCUUGAACCUAACAGACCGCACCGCGCCCCGUCGAGAGCGCGCCAACUCUGCUCAAUCAUUCGACUCUGACCCAACCUCCUCCUCGGGCUCAUCUUCAGAGGAUGAUAGCGAGAGUGAAAAGGAAGACGAACAACACUCCAAUCGGGAAAUUAAUGGCACUGGAGAGUCAGCCACUGAAGCACAUGCCUCUGAUCCAUGCUCCUCACUACCUCACAUCGCCGGCCGCCCGAAACCGCGUAUACAUCGCAUGAAAGGCGAUUCGGAACUUUUGUCGCGGCUCAACGCUUUCUUGCCAAAGAUGAAGAAUGCAAAUGAGGACUUGCAGAGGCAGAUAGAAGCUGGGGAGGCUGAAGAUCUGGUUCUCGACAAUGCGGACGAGACCGGAGAGCAGUAUAUUGAGAUGAAUCUUGGUCUUGGGGUCUUGGAAGAAAGGCGCGAUGGCGAUUCCGCAAGUGACGAGGAAACUGACGAUGAGGAGUCUUGUGAUGUCACUGGGGCUGGGAAGACCCCCCAGGAGGUGAAUAACUCGGAUAUUAUUGGGAAGCUUAUGGGAGGUAAAAGCAAAAAGGCGAAUAUGGAUAAGCCGUCUAUCGAGGAGAUGGCUUAG